AUGGUACAGCUGAUUCAGUCUACAGGGCAAUAUGGGAGAUUGAUUGAAUUCGAGACAGUUGCACUUACUGGGGAGUGCACAUCAAGGGUCCAAAACAAGCUUCCUCAAAAGCUCAAGGAUCCUGGCAGCUUCACUAUCGCUGUGCGAAUUGGUAAUAUUGAUGUGGGUCGUGCACUUUAUGAUUUGGGGGGCAAGCAUAAAUCUGAUGCCCUUUCCUUGUUCAAGCAAUUGGGCUUGGGAGAUCCAAGACCAACUACUGUGAUGUUGCAACUAGCUGACAUGUCCAUAGCACACCCUAAGGGGGUGAUUGAAGAUGUGUUGCUGCAAAUUGGGAAAUUCAUCUUCCCUGUGCACUUGAUUAUCCUAGAUUAUGAGGCUGAUAAGCUGGUUCCAAUCAUAUUGGGAUGA